AUGGUCCAAUUCUCCGAGGAGACCAAGGAGCGCGUUUCGAAGGUGAUCGAUAUCUCCCGGGUUGCGAUCCACUACGGUUACUUGCCUCUCAUUGUCUACCUUGGCUACUCCUACAGCGAGCCUAAGCCCUCUUUGUUCAGGCUGUUCUCGCCUCUGGCAUAA